AUGGUUUCAAUCUCAGAUGAGUUCACUCAUUUAUUUUCGACGCAAAUACUUGAAGUGCACAUAAGAUGGGCAAUCAUCAUAGAAAAGAAUGACGCGACAGCUGACCUGAGAAAAGCGGUAUCUUUCAGCUUUGACAGACAGUUCUUAUCACAAUCUCGUGCGAACCGACUGUGCCCAACUGGUUACCGCCGCGAAUGGCUUCAGCUCUGGACACCGAAAGAAACGCGUCAACUGUUCAUAAGUGGGAUCCUGGUUGCUUAUCGCGUGCGCUACGUGCUUGUUGAACCCCUUGACAUAAUCAACAAUGAGUCUCCCAGCUUGAGCAAUGGACAACCCUAUCUACGUAUGACCGAGAAGAACGUCACCCGUCUCCAUUUUCAGACAACUGCUGGGGAGCACUUGUUUGGGGUCAAAUAUGAAUUUCGUGUGGCAGCAGUCAGCAGUACAGGAAUCGGUCCUGAAGUAAGCGAUCGUAUCGCAGUUCCAGAAGCGGAUUAUUUUUGGACUCUAUAG